GAAGUAGUUAUCGCUUAUCACACGUCCGCAGAAAUGGCUCUGAAGGCUUCUAUCUCCUCCACUCGCCAGGUGUCGUCGCGCGCCUUCGCUGGCGUCGCGCCUCGCCCUGUGUCCAGGCGCGUGGUGCAGUGCCGCGCUGCUGCGGGUGCCAUCGGACGCCGCGAGCUGCUGCAGGCCGCUUCCGCUGCUGCCCUGCUUACUGCCUCCCCUGCGCUCGCUGCCAAGGGCCCCAAAGGCUUCAACCCCGUGGAGGACGCUCAGGACAACUACCGCUUCGUGUACCCCUUCGGCUGGCAGGAGGUGGCGGUGAAGGGCGCAGAUGUUGUGUUCAAGGAUGUGGUGGAGCCGCUGGAGAGCGUGAGCGUCACGCUCACCGCCACCGACAAGAAGGACAUCACCGAGUUCGGUGACCUCGCGACGGUGGCCGAGACCCUGGCGAAGGACGUGCUGACCGCCCCCGGCACUGAGGUGAAGAUCAUUGCCACGGAGCAGCGCGAGGCCAAGGGCCACAACUACUACCAGAUUGAGUUCACUGCCUCCAACUCGCGCUACACCCGGCACCAGCUGGCCGUCGUGGCCGCCAACAACGGCACCUUCUACACUCUGACCACCGGCUCAAACGAGCGCCGCUGGGGCAAGAUGAAGGAGAAGCUGGAGACGACCGUCAAGUCGUUCUCCCUUAUCAACUGAGCACCUUCGCCUACGUUGGAUCACAGCUAACCGCCGGACGGUGCUACCACCACUGCAUGACUGGACUGCGGGCACAAAUGGACGGGGCUGAAACACACUGCCCGUCCCCCCGCUGUAUAGAUUCGGGUCGUCGUAAUAGUUAGUGUGCCUCUCUGUGAUAGAGGGCCCGCCACCACAUGUACAACCAUACAUGAGGACUACUAGUGAGGAAUUAGGUCACGAAUGCCGUGUCAGUUUGUGAUGAGAGAACCAGUCGCCUUAAAACCAAGAGAGGCGGUAUUUUUGCAAGCGUGUGCGCCACCUGGCUGGUGGCGACUUCAAGAGCGGGUGUUAACUGCGUGAGCCCUUGCCAAGCCUCGUCGACUCCUAAGCCACAGGCUCCCUCGAGCUAUGCGUCUUGCCAGUAGGGCUCGUCAGGUUGUCACUUGGUACCCUUUGUCGCGCGCUCAGUCGUUGGGGUGAUAGUGAUUCACGAGCUCCUCGUAGAUCAGGUCGCGCACGUUCUGCUCCGUGAGGGUGGACUCCUCGAAGUCGAGCACGAACUCGCCUGUGCCGAGUGCGGGGGCGCAGCAGGCAUACAUUCAGGAGGAGGUCGAGGCCGAGUCUGCAGGCUAACAGGCGUGUGC